CAUACAGCUUGUAAUUUUGAAACCAUAUGUACUUUGACACUUUUGUCAGAGAGGUGGAACACACCAUCAACAUGUUUGUCAAAAUGAAAUGUUUACCUUUCUUGAUGAUGUACUGUGUGUAUGAAUAUUUUCAUUUCAUAAACACUCAGAAGACUUGUGAUGAAAAUUAUAGAUUUAGUGUUUCAACGGAAAAAUGUAUAGAAUGUGACGCCGGGUUCCACGGUUUGAAUUGUUCUUUGUCCUGUCGAUUUCCUAAUUAUGGUGCUGAUUGCCAGAACCUUUGUCAAUGUAGACUGGAGCUUUGCAGUCAUAUUUCAGGAUGUGCUUACGAUGCAGAUAACGAAGAUGAUGGUUCAAGUAAGAAUAUCCUGAUCAGUGUUCUGGCGAUAUGCGGAACUUUGUUCAUUAUCGGAGCCUUCGUUGUGAUUUCGAGGGCUAACAGGAAGUUUUUCACAAGACAUCUAAGAAAUAACGCCCAUUAUGUAGCUUCAGUAAUGGCAGAGCAAUCUAGUAAUACACCCACUUCAAGUGUAUAUCACAGGACGGCCAACCCAGUAAAUAUUUCCACAGCAACUGACAAUGGAGUGUAUGCAUUCGCAAAUACAAUGAGAUACGAAAAUCUCAAUGCAAUUUGUCAUUCUUUUGAAAUUGGUUUUUGUAUUACUCAGCAACAGGAACGAGUUGGAUUUUAUCAGGAAUCAAAUAACGGUUUUCAACAGACCAGGUACAUGUUGAUCACGAUAUUUCUAUUAUGUGCUUUACUUUCUGUAUGUAUCGGUUUACAUGAAUGUAACGCUGGUUUCUAUGGAACAAACUGCUCAAUACCGUGCAGGCAUCCCAAUUAUGGCUUAGACUGUCAAAGUUUUUGCAAUUGUGAAGAACAGUUGUGCAACGCAACAUUUGGAUGUCUUUACAAUUUUACCACAGUAUCCGAUAACGGAUAUAUAAAACCAACUAUACUUUUAGAAGAAAACAAAACCAUGGAAACACAUUCACAAUUGAACCUUAUACUGAUAACGAUCAUAACAUCGUCUGGGUUUCUGCUCGUCAUCAUCUCAAUGAUAGUUGUAUAUCUUACUAAUAAAAAGCACCUGUCCCGAAGGAUCCUUAAAACUGAGAAAUAUAUUGAUACUGUCAUAACAGAUCUUCCAGGGAGCAGAUGGAGGGAUACACCACGUGACAAUGCUGACGGUGAAGGGCGUCGUCCAUCUAGAUAUGAACAAUUGUCGCUAAAUUUAAGUACUUAUCUCUAAAUCUAGUUUGUGCAAUACUGAUAUGAUGAAUACUUGAUCAUUAGAUGGACUGAUUGAUUUAAUUUUCACGUCGUAUCGGAAAUUAUUCACCAUAAGGAGACAACAAGUUCGCUUAAAGUGCCACGGACAUAUGCUAGAGCUAUAUACGAAUUUAUUUGUGAGGAUCCAUUUUUGUGCCAACACCAACUGUGACACUGAAUUUCAGUUAAGGUACAUCUAAACAUGAUACGAGACUUUUAAAAUGUCUCCUGGUUGUUUUGUUGUCAAUUAGUAAAAUGUUUUUAAAUAUUUCCAAACAUAUUGAAUUGUCAUUAGAAUGUAUGCACUUCAAAAUCAUAACUUUGCAAUUCAUAUGAUUUGUAUGAUUUGUAUAUAUGUAAAUCAGAUAUAAUGUUAUGUGAAAAUGAUUCAUGAAUUAACGAUGAAAGUAGAUUAAACAUAAUUCCCACAUCAGAACUA